UCUGGGAAAGGCCACAGGGUCACCACUUCUCCCUUUCGUGGCCUCCUCCUUCUGCCCCCACCUUUGGGGCCUUCCGCACCCGAGACUGAGGGUGGCCGGUGAAGGGACUGGGGACUCCUCCUCCGGAGCCCCAUGAACCAGGCACCCCUGAAAGCAGAUCCCGCCUGAGCCAUGGCCCCAAGACUUGUCCUGGUCCUCACCCUCACCUUCUGGGUGGGUUGCUCACUUUGCUGCGGGAGAGAAGCUCCCACCCAGCCCAGGGUGCGGUGCCAGGCCUCUAGGUACCCGAUCGCAGUGGAUUGCUCCUGGACCCUGCCGCCUGCUCCAAACUCCUCCAGGCCCACGUCCUUCAUUGCCACGUACAGGCUUGGCGUGGCAGCCCAUGGGGAGAGCUGGCCUUGCCUCCAGCAGACACCAGAGGCCACCAGCUGUAUCAUCCCUGACAUCCAGAUGUUCUCCAUGGUGCCCUAUGUGCUCAACAUCACGGCUGUCCACCCCCGGGGCGUCAGCAGCAGCUUCGUGCCGUUCGUCCCAGAGCACAUCAUCAAACCAGACCCUCCAGAAGGUGUGCGCCUGAGCCCCCUCCCUGGGCAGCGGCUCUGGGUGCAAUGGGAACCCCCCCGGUCCUGGCCCUUCCCAGAGAUCUUCUCACUCAAGUACCGGAUCCGCUACAAGCGUCACGGAGCUGCCCGCUUCCGCCAGGUGGGACCAAUUGAAGGCACAUCCUUCACCCUCAAGGCUGUGAGGCCCCAAGCCAAGUACUGCAUCCAGGUGGCUGCUCUGGACCUCACUGACUAUGGGGAAUCAAGCGCCUGGAGUCUCCCCGCCGUUGCCUCCAUGACCCUGGAUCCACAUGAGACCCUGGGAGGAGAGGACAGACCAGGGCACACACACACAGUGAAUCCCCACUGCCACACACGGGGUCAGGGCUGGACCAGAGGAAGAGAUGGGGCUGGGGGAGUCAGGGCAGGGGUCGUGGGUGUUCCGCCUGGCAUGGAAUGAUGAAUCCAUUCAGUUCAGUUCAGUUUGGUUCACCUCAAAAGCUGCCCAGUUGUGAGCCCCACUGUGGGUGGACACCAAUGGGACAUGAGUUUGUCUGGGAAGCUCUCUCUGAGGAGGGGACAACACAGCCAGGCUCUGAAGGAUUUUCUCAAUCCAGGAGCUUCUCUGUACAUCUCACUCAGGUCUCAAUUCCAAGGUCACCUCCUCCAAGAAGCCUUCCCUGACCACCUCAUCUAGAGCAAGCAGAAUAAAGACCCCCCAAAGAUACCCAUGUCCUAAUCCCCAGAACCUGUGAAUGUGAUACCUUACACAGCACAAGGGACUUUGCAGAUGUGAUUAAUUUAACAAUCUUGAGGGUCCUUAAAAGAUUGAGGAUCUUUCAUUAAGUUAAUGAAAAUGGGGACUUCCCUGGUGGUGCAGUGGUUAAGACUCCAUAUUCCCAAUGCAGGGGGCCCAGGUUCUAUCCCUAGUCAGGGAACUAGAUCCCACAUGCCUGCUGCAACUAAGAGUUUGCAUGCCACAAGUAAACAGCCAGCAAGCCACAACUA